AUGGCGGAGACCUCGCCGGCCCCCGGCCCCGAGGGGCGGUCAAACUCGGCCCCCGGGGGCUCCCUGCCCACCCGGGAGCCCCACGCACACUCCAAAGCCAGGGAAAGAGCGGGGACGCGAGGAGGACACCGCACGCCGGUGCCCCGGGUGCCGCCUGUCGCCUCUCGGCUCGGGGGCACCGCCGACUGCCCUGACGGCGCCGAACCCCAGGCCCAGCCCUCCCCGCUCGGCUCCCCCGCGCUCUCAAGCACUUACCGGGCCGGGCCGGGUCGGGCCCUGCGCCGCGGCGCCGCCGCCGCCGCCACCACCCCGGGCCGGGCUUGGGCCAGCGCGGGCCACCCGGGCGGGGCGGCGGAGACGGCGGGAGGGCUCAUCGGGCAGUCGGAGGAACUCUGUCCGUACCCUUCCUCAAGCUGUCACCUCCUGGCGCCAGAGAUGAGCGCCAAGGUGGCUUUCCUGCUCCUGAGCCUUUUGAGGAUGACAGCUCCCAAGGGAAUGCGGUGCCCAGCCUGUGGGCUGGCAGCGCUGGCACCCAGCACGCAGCAGGACGUGCUGAAGGCGCUGGCCAAGCAGAGCAUCCUCUCCAAGCUCCGCUUGCCCGACAGGCCAAACAUCACCCAGCCUGUGCCCAGGGGAGCUCUGCUGACCGCUCUGCACAGGCUGCGUGCGCAGCACACGGACGCGGCCGAGCCCUCGGGGAUACCCCGGGAUGGCAACACCCCACGCCUGCGUCCUGGGGUGAGCCUACAGGAAUACGAGAUCCUGAGCUUUGCUGAGUCAGGUAGGUACAGACCCCCACGCCCCGCGGGCAUGGAGCCCCCGGCUGAGGGACCCCUCACACACACCUCCUCCUCGCUUCACCUCCUGACUCUGCUUUCGGUUCUGUGCUCAGGGUCCUCCACCUCCCGCAGUGUCCUCCUUCAUUUCCUCUUCACCCGGGACCUGUCCGGGAGCAUCGAGAUCCUCCAGGCCACCCUCUACCUCUUCUGGACAGUCCCCGGUCUUGGGACUCAUCCUGUCACCGUCAGGCUCCUGCAGCCAGACCCGACGGGGCUGCACACGACGGUGACCAGCGAGACUCGGCUGCAGGUGCCGAGGAGCGGCUGGACCACGCUGGACGUGGGUGCUGCUGUCCAGCAGCUCUUCGGCCAAGGCAGCCAGAGGCUCACCGUGGAGCUGGAGGUGCCGGAGGCCCGGGGAUCUCCCCUCCUGGCUGACCACAGUGACUCUCGCUGGCCCUUUGUGGCAGCCCGGGCGCGGGCAAGGGCACAGCACCACGUCCAGCGGCGCGGCAUCGACUGCAGCGGGGACUCCCGCAUGUGCUGCCGCAGGGAAUUCUUCGUGGACUUCAAGGAGAUCGGCUGGGAGGAUUGGAUCAUCCAUCCCGAGGGCUACCACAUGAACUACUGCGCGGGGCUCUGCCCCCGGCACAUGGCUGCCGCCCCCGGUCUCGCCGCCUCCUUCCACACCGCCGUCCUCAACCUCAUCAAAGCCACCAACGCGGAGGCGGCUGCGGACUCCUGCUGCGUGCCCACCCAGCGCCGUCCGCUCUCGCUGCUCUACUAUGACCGGGACAGCAACAUCGUCAAGACUGACAUCCCCGACAUGAUCGUGGAUGCCUGCGGCUGUACCUGAGCCGCCCAGAGGAGGGGGGAGGGCAGGGCCUGUGCUGCGUGGGGUUCCCCUCCUCCUGGCCUCUCUGCUGGGAGACGGGAACCUGCCGAGGUGUUUCUCCUCCUGAGGCUGAAGCAUCGAGGGUGAUGCUGAUCUGAGAGUCCUCUCCUUCCUCACCUCCCACAUGGCUCUUCUGCCCCUUCAGAUCUGCCCUCUCUGCCUCUGAGGUCAGCUCCUGAUGGACACCAGACCCUUCUUCCAUCUGUAAGGACCUCUGCUGAGCACAGCUCCCUGGGGGGCUUGGGGUAGCCCCAGCUCACCCUGCUGCUGGUCCCAGCCCAAGGCCAUGGUGCAGCCCUCAACACAAACACGCUCAGCAGGUGCCAGCAGCAGCUGUCUGGAGCUGCUGGGGGAGACAGAAGCUGGGAAGAUGCUGGGAGAUGGCUGGGCCUGAGGGGAGGGGACCAUCCAUGGGACCCUGA